AUGCCCAGCACCAGGUCGCAGACCCAGGCCGCUAUCGACUUCCCCCGGAGGAAACAGCCCAGGACGCCCAGCGCGCCCACUGCGGGUUGCAAAGAUGCCACAUCGAACCCCACCAGGGUGACCCUCCUGACGCUCUCACCCCGGGAGAAGGUCCUGCCGCUGAGCCCCCGCAAACGCCUAGGUGAUGACAACCUGUGCAACAUCCCCCAGUCACUGCCCUGCUCCCCGACGAAGCAGAGCAAGGGGGAGAAUGAGCUCCCAUCUGCUUCUCACAAGGGGCGACGCUUGUUCUUCAGCGAGCAGCCAACGACUGAGUCUCCUGGCAAGAGGAACAACUUGGUGCCGUCCCCGCUCCACAAGCGGCAGGAGACCCCAAGAAGCUCUGAGCGCUCUUGUCUCAACAAGCAACCUGUGUGCAUCCAGCUGUUCAAGCAGGAAGGCACUUGUUAUCAGCAGGCAAAGAGCGUUCUGCACACAGCUGUCCCUGACCGGCUUCUUGCCAGGGAGAAGGAGACUGAUGCCAUCAGGCAGUUCCUGAAAGAACAUGUCUGUGGGGAGAAACCUGGCAGUCUUUACAUCUCCGGUGCUCCUGGCACUGGAAAAACUGCCUGUCUGAUCAGAAUCCUGCAAGACUUCCAGAAUGAGCUCCCGGGCAGCAAAACCAUUGUCCUGAACUGCAUGUCCCUCAGCAGCUCCCAGGCCGUGUUCCCAGCCAUAGCUGAGCAGAUGGGCCAGCAGGGGGCAUCCAAGGUAGCUGGGAGAGACUUGGUGAGGAAGCUGGAGAAGCAGCUGACAGCAGAGGGGACGCCCAUGAUCGUGCUGGUGCUGGAUGAGAUGGAUCAGCUGGACAGCAAAGGACAGGACGUGCUCUACACAGUGUUCGAGUGGCCCUGGCUCAUUGGCUCCAGGCUUGUCCUCAUCGGAGUGGCCAACGCCCUGGACCUCACGGACCGGAUCCUGGCCAGGCUACAGGCCCGGCCCAAGUGCAAACCCCAGCUGCUAAACUUCCCACCUUACACAAAGGAGCAGAUUGCCUCCAUCCUGCAGGAACGGCUGAGACAGGUGUCUGGCGAUCAGGUCUUGGACAGCACUGCCAUCCAGUUCUGUGCCCGGAAAGUCUCUGCAGUUUCGGGAGAUGCUCGCAAGGCACUGGACGUAUGCAGGCGAGCCAUUGAGAUUGUGGAGUUGGAUGUGAGAAGCCAGACUGUCUUCAAACCACUGCCUGGCUGUAAAUCGCCCGCUACCUCCGCCUCGGUCUCCCCAGUUCCUAGGAGAGUUGGGCUCCCGCACAUAUCCCGGGUGAUCUCGGAUGUGUAUGGUGACAGGAUGGCCCUGGGAAGUGAUGGAGCCAGUGACUCCUUCCCCCUGCAGCAGAAGAUCCUGGUCUGCUCCCUGCUGCUCCUAGCCAGGCAGCUGAAAGCCAAGGAGGUGACGCUGGGGAAGCUACAUGAAGCCUACAGCAGAGUCUGCCGGCGGCAGCAGAUGGCACCCGUAGCCCAGUCUGACUGCCUCUCCCUCGCCACCCUCUUGGAAUCCAGGGGCAUCCUGGCACUGAAGAAAGCCAAGGAAGCCAGGCUCACAAAGGUUUCCCUGAAGAUAGAGGAGAGGGACGUGGAACAUGCCCUCAAGGACGGCGUCUUGGUUGGAAACAUCUUGGCGGGGGGGCAGCUCUAG